AUGGAUCUCGCCACAAUCCAGGAAGCCAACCGUCUCCGGGUGGAGAUGGGGAUGAAGCCGCUGCCGGUGCCAGGCGAAGAGCCGGAGGCCAAGGGCAGCGACGAAGAAGACGAAGACCCGCUGGCGACGUUGGACGGACGACAUGCACUGGCGUUUGACAACUACAAGAAGGUGCAGGACGCGGAGCUGGCGAAGCGGCGGCGCGAAGAGAAGGCCGAAGCUGUCAAGCGGGCGCGCGAGAAGGCGCAGCGGCAUGCGGUGCUGGAGGGCCACACGCUGGGCGAACUGGAGGGCGGAAUCCUGGGCAACAGCGACAAGGGAGACGGAGCCGACGGCGACGCCAAGGCCUGGUUGCGCGGACAGAAGCAACGGCAGAAGAAGAUUACGAAGCAGAGCGAGGCAGAGGCGGCCGCGGAAGAAGAAGAGCGCCAGCGGCGAAAACGGCUGGUAGGCCACGACAUGUCGGCGCUGCUGGACGGCGGCGACCAGAUCCUGACGCUGCGCGACGCGACUGUGCUCGAGAACGAGGACGACGGCGACGAGCUGGAGAACAUGGAGCUGCGCGAGCACGAGAAGCUGCAGGAGCGGCUAGACCUGAAGAAGAAGCGGGUGGCCUACGACCCGCUGACGAUGACAGACGACGAGACGCCAGGCUCGCGAACAAUCUUGGGCCAGUACGACGAGGAGAUCCACGGGAAGAAGCGCAAGACGUUCACGCUGGACCCCAACGCGAUCCUCGGCCCAGACGGGAACUCGGCUGCGGCAGGCAAACCGGCGACAGUCCUGGACAUGGCGGCCGGGGGCCUCAGCAGCAAACACAGCGUGCUCCAGCACGUGGAUCUCAACGACCUUCUCGCGGGCGGUCCGUCGUCGGACUACGUGGAUGCGUCGGAGCUCAAGAUCCGGAAGCCCAAGAAGAAGUCCAAGGAGAAGAAGGCGGCACGGGCGACCAGAAGGCGCGGUGGUGGUGGAGGUGACAACGGGGACGACGACGUUCUGUUCCCGGCCGAGGCAACGGUGGAGGACGACGCGAAGAUGGACGUCGACACAGCGGCCGUAGAGGCGGCAGCGGCAGCCGAUCGGAAGCAGAAGAAGCGCAGGGCGAUGGAAGAGGCCGACGAGGACCUGAUGCACGACGAAGAGAGCUUGCAGGCAGUGUUGGCAGUACAGCGACGCGAGGCGCUGAAGAAGCGGAAGCGCAUGCGGCCAGAAGACGUGGCUAAGCAGCUGCGCGAGGCCUCGGCAGAAGGGGCAGACGGCGAGGGAGAGGGGCAGCAGGGUGGCGGUCUGGUGAUUGACGAGACGGCCGAGUUUAUCAGCAAUCUGAAACGACGAGAGGACCGGGAAGACGAGCUGCCGCGGGCACGGAAGCAGACGGAACCGUCGUCGGUCACGGCGAUGGACGCUGACAGCAGCGAGGACGAGAAUGGCCAGGACGUGGAGAUGAAGGACGAGCAGGGCGGAGAGCAGGGCGAGCGAACCGAAGGUCAGGGCGCAGCAGCCGGGCUAGAGGAAGAGAAGAAGAUCAGCGAGGGGAUGGGGGCGACGUUGUCGAUUCUCCGGGGUCGAGGCAUCUUAGAGAGCGAAGGGGGCGGUGGGAGUAGUGGAAACGGUGGAAACGGUGGUGAGGGUGGCAGCAGUGGCGGAUCCGCACUCAACACGCGGAUGCGGGCACACCAGCAGUUCCUGGCCGAGAAGCGGCUGCGGCUGGCCAAGCUGGAAGAGGAUGCGCGACGACGCCGCGAGCAGGACCGGGCAGCCGGCGGAGCGCUGGCGCGGAUGACGGCACGUGAGCGCGAGGAGUAUGCGCGACGGCAAAACGCACAGCGCGAAUUCCAGACAUCGCGCAUGCUGCAGGACAUGUUUGCGGAAAAAUAUACGCCCAACUUCCAGAUCGAGUACACGGACGAACACGGCCGCUCGCUCAACGCCAAGGAGGCCUUCCGCGAGCUCAGCCACGGCUUCCACGGCAAGACCAGCGGCCGCGGCAAGACCGACAAGAUGCUCAAGCGCAUCGCCGCCGAGAAACGACACAUGGCCGAGGGUAUCCUGGACGCGAGCGAGGCCGUCGGCAUGAGCUCGGCCGCUCAACAGCAGCUGAAGAAGCGGAAGGAGGCGGGUGUGCGACUAGAUUAG